GAGGCGGCUAUGUGCGCAUCUUCGUCACCAGCUACACACGCCUGUUGGAGGAAAGGCGCACUGAGUCUCCGCGUAUUGCACAUAGUUAUCACAGUAGUAGAGUCACAGUUACAACUUAUUAUAGACAUAAUAAUGAGCUCCAGGAAUAGCGCGCAGUGCUUCACCGUCACCCUACUACUUAUUUCCCAGAGUCUGCAGAUUCCCAGAGUCGCGGCGGAAUAUUCUUCCUCUAAAAGCGACUCGGACUACGAGUUCGGUGACUACCGGGGAAAGUGGUGCAUCGACGACCACGGCUUCGUGUACGCCAUCGGAGAAGUUUACAACCCGAGCCCCACGGCGUGCCCGUGCACCUGCACCGUUGACGGCCCCGUGUGCGUGCGGCCCAAGUGUCCCCGCGUGCACCCCCGGUGUACCCGCAUCAGGUACAAGGCGUGCUGCCCCGUGUGCGAGGCGGUGGCCAAGGUGUGCGUCUACGGGGGCAAGACGUACCGGCUCCUGGAGGAAUUCAGGUUGUCCCGCUGCGAGCGUUGUCGCUGCGAGGCCAACAGAGAGGUGUACUGCUCCAUCUCCGACUGCCCCGCCCCCCACUGUGUCGACCCCUCCUUCGAGCCCAAGCAAUGCUGCCCGGUCUGCAAGUCCGGUCCCAACUGUUACGCCGGGAGCCAGAUAAUCCCUGCAGGAGAGCGAGUGGACAUGGACAGAACCGUGUGCUACUGCACCUACCGGGAGGGAUCCUGGCACAUCCACCCCCAUGCCACCUGCGAAGACCAGCCCCCGGACAGCCCUCCUCCAGCCACUGAGGCGGAGGUCCGCAGGAGCAACGACGAGGAAUACAGAGGCCGGGGGUUCGGCCCCAGAUGGGACGCGAUACCCUGACCCACUAGUGACGGCCCCGUGCACCAAUUACACCGGAUCACAAGUCACUUCCUUAAUGGAGCCACCCCCCCACCCCGAGUAGUUUGAGUUCAUCACUGCACUCUUGUUUCUUGUCAACCACUUCCCUCUUUAUAGUUUCUAAUACCGCUUUAUCCCACACCACUGUAUAGCACAUAACUCGUUAUUUGAACAUGUUAAAUGCCAUUAAACAAUGUUGUUACUGUGUACGUUUAUAAUAAAGUCUGCAAUAAAAUCCCAAAAUACA